AUGUAUCUUGAUUUUCGAGAUCGUUUAGGGAUUGGCAGCCUUUUCACGACGGUCAUCUCUAUGUUUUCGCGUGAGCGAGAUUCCGUAAUUUAUCGACCAGCCCUGCCUCCUUCCUACCCUUUGGCAGUUCGAAACCCGUAUCUCUCGACAUGGAUGCCUAGCGAUCAGGUCAAGACUUUGCCGUAUGCAGAGCCUCAGUUUUGGACUGGACAGAGUCUCUCUUGGUCGGUGAUGGCGCGGGUUGACGGAGAGACGUACAGCUUGAUGAAUGGGAAAAAUGCAGGUGAUGACGUUCUUCCAGCUGUCGUUUCUAGUGCAGAAUAUACUUCUACCCAUUCAAUAUUUACCCUGUCUGCUGGUCCCGUGACUUUCACCCUAGAUAUCUUUUCACCUGUGUCACCUUUCAAUCAUCUCCGACAGUCUCUCCCUUUCAGCUAUCUAACAGUCUCAUUGUCAACGGCUUCUUCCAACAACAUUCAGAUAUAUUCUAGUAUUGAUGACCGAUGGGUAGGAAAGCAAGAAAACACCGACCGAAACUUCCAGAGGAAAGAUACUACUGCUAUCUUCUCCCUUGGGAUCAAUAAUUCUGUCCUGUAUGAAGAGCGUAAUGAUAUGGCAACAUGGGGUGAGGUUAUCUUUGCAUCCCGUUCAACACCCACUUCAAAGCUUUCCUUUGCAUCGGGAAAGUGCGAGUACGUACGCUCCAAUUUUAUCAAAACAGGGCAGUUGAAUGGCGAUGAUGCUUGGUUUCCUGGGGCAAUUGUAGCUCUGUCACAUGACUUAGGGAUAGUUACUGGCAGUCAGUCCGUGAGAUUUGCUGUUGGCUACGUGAGAGAGGAAGCAGUCAAUUAUCUCGGGACGCCAUAUACGGGAUACUAUAGGGCCAACUACCCAAGGACAGUUGAUGCAGUCACCUAUUUUCUGGAUGAUUAUCAGGAUGCUCUCCAGGAAUCGCUGAAGUUUGACCUAGAGCUGUCUACUAAAGCCAAAGCAAUCGCAGGCCAGAAAGCCGAUGAUGAGAUACCUUGCAGCGGGGCGCUGGCGGAAGCCAUAUCACUAGCAUAUGUGCGCGCAACCGGCGAUACAAAUUGGGUGGCCAAGUACCAGGAUAUCAUAAGGCCCUACGCGGACUACCUGGUUGACAAUGGGGUUGACAUUGCGGAGCAGCUGUCUUCCAAUGAUGCUGCAGGGCCUCUUGCUAAUGAAACGAACCUGGCCAUCAAGGCUGCAGUGGGCAUUAAGGCAUUCGGCCAAUUAACGGGGCUUACUGAGUACUCCCGUAUUGGCAAGGAGCGUGCAGACCUCUUCUUCAACCAGCGGCUUGGAACCGAUAGACAAAAAACACAUUUUGUGCUACAAUAUCCGGACAAACCAACCUCCUGGAAAAUUCCAUAUAACUUAUAUCCAGAUGUACUGCUGGACCUUGGCACUUUUCCUCCAGAGGUUCACCAGAUGUCCAGUGUAUUUUUCAAGUCGGUUCGAGGAGAGUAUGGAGUUCCUCUUGAUAGCCGUCAGGACUGGGCCAAAUCUGAUUGGAAUAUGUGGGUGGCUGCCACUUUCGACCUGGACACCCGGGAUGAGUUUGUUGAAGACUUGUGGACGUUUAUGACCAACGGAAAGCAUAAUUGGCCCUUUUCUGAUCGUUAUGUUGCCACGUCAGCUAAAGGAGCAAGUCCCGGGGUGCCCGUCUUGUGUCGUGCUCGGCCGACUCCCCGUCCUCCGCACAACUUCGGUCCGCAAGGCUAUCCUCUCCCUAACGGUGCCACUGGUCCCGUACCUGGCGCCACCCCUCUUCUGCCAAACAACGGCCGAGUCAUUCAGAACGGCCCCGUCAGAGUUCUGUGCAUUGCGGAUGCCCGUGCAGAUCAUAUCAUCCACACCGGUGAUUUCGGCUUCUAUGAUAACACAUCGUUGGAUCGAAUUGCCGAAAAGACCCUUAAGCAUGUGGCCCAAUACUCUCCACUGCUUCCUGAAAAUGUGAAGCGGGCCAUCGCACAAACUCCUCCCCAGCAAUCCAUUAAGCAACGAUUCCCCCCCGACCAGCUACCCCUCUCAGAGCUUUCUAUGCUGCUCGACAAGCGGCUCACACUUGAUGUCCCUGUAUACACCGUUUGGGGUGCCUGUGAAGAUGUUAGAGUGCUGGAGAAGUUCCGCUCUGGAGAGUAUAAGGUGAAUAACCUUCAUAUUAUCGAUGAGGCCAACUCCCGUCUACUGGAUAUAGGUGGUGUCAAGCUUCGUCUGCUAGGAUUGGGAGGUGCAGUGGUUAUGCACAAGCUGUUCGAUAACGGCGAGGGCAAGACCACUAUUGCCGGUGGCCUAGGCACCAUGUGGACGACUUUACUGCAAAUGGGUGAGCUAAUUGACACAGCAAACCGUGUGUACGACCCAUCGGAAACUCGUGUCUUCGUCACUCAUGCGUCACCCGCGCGCGAGGGAAUGCUUAACCAGCUAUCUGUGACCCUGAAGGCUGAUUUCUCCAUUUCUGCCGGUUUACAUUUCCGCUACGGCUCGUCUUACAACGAAUUCUCCGUGAACCCCUCAUUGGACCAUUAUCGAGGCAAGCUGGCCGCAUCGAAGGCUUCCUUCAACGAUGUUUGGGAGACGGUGCGCGGUGAGGUCGAGGCUGCGAUUGCUUCUAACGAAGCCCAGAAGACGCUCUUGGAUAAUGCUCUUGAUGUGGUGCAGAAGAUGCCUACUAUCGCUAACGGCGGGAACCCGUUCGGCGGACCUACCGGCCCCGGAAACGCAGCUGGUCAGGUCGAUGAAAGUGCUUUCAAGAACAUGUGGAACUUCAACCUUGCAGAUGCAGCAUUCGGUUUCCUAGUCCUUGAGAUCGAAGGCGGCCGUAUCGCGACGGAAAUGCGCGCCCAGGGUUUCAAUUUCGCACACCGCGGCGGAAAGCCUCCUGUGCCUGCCGUUGCUGGACAGCCCAACCCGCCUGUGCCUACAGGUACCCCUGGUGUAGCCUCCCCAGCAACCCGCCCCGCUGUUCCUCAGUUUGGUCAGGCCCAGCCCGUUGCCGGACGUCCUGCCGCCCCUCAACAGCCGCAGCCUCAACCUCAGCAGGGACAGGCCAAGGCUCCCGCUGCAGCCCCCGCUCGCACUUCCCCAGUUCCCGUUAUCCCCAAGCCUGCAACCCCCCAGCCCUCCGGCCCAGCUGCCUCGCAACACGCCCCUACAUCGCCUGAAAAGGCUGCAGAGGCCAACGGCACUGCACAGCCUGAGAAGCCAUCCGAGUCGCCUAUGCCCAGGCCUGAAAAGAAGCAGAGCAACGGACUUUUCGUGUCGAACGUUGACAACGAACAGGCGGUUCGUGACCUGUUCCCAGAGGAGGACAAGACAAAGAUAGUCAGGUUGGACAAGUGGGGUAAAUACAACCAUGUUGUGAUGUUCAACAGUGUCGAAGAGGCCAAGGCUGCUCUCGAUCGUCAGCCCCCAGAGCACAAGAAGCCUACACCCCCCGGUCAACCUCGUAAGCCUAACAUCAAGUUCUUUGAAGACCGUGGUAGCCACCGCGGCAAUGCUGGCACAUGGCAGAGCAGCAACCGGGGAGGCAACACUUCUCAGCGUGGAUACCAGAGCGGUGGUGCCAGCGACAGUGAAGGAGGACGGGGACGUGGUGGAUUCAGCGGACGUGGCCGCGGUCGUGGCGAUCGUGGUCGAAGCGGACGCGGUGGUCGCGGCGGUUUCAACAAGGGAGGACCUACAUCUGACUCGCCUGCUCCAUCGACAUCGACACCGACUGGUGAGAAGCCCGCUGCGGCUGGCGAUGCUUGA